AUGGGGCGAGGUCCCUUACGAAAGUACUGGGACGAGGAUUAUGUCAGAGCCCUCGAGGCCCAAGUACAGUCCCUCUUGCUGGCUCUGGAAAAGCAACAAGACGGCUCAGAGAAGGAGACAUCACCACCAGUAUCACUGAGUGAACAAAUACUACCCGAGUCCGAUGCCCUCCAUGAAGGUCUCGAUGAUGCCGAGGCAGCUGAGCUAGCUGAAGCUGUCCCCACCAAGGGCCCUACAGUAGAGUUCCGGGGUGACUUGAAUGACACCCCAUCGACAGGCAAGGAUGCCCAAAGUCAAGAGAGAUCUCAACGGGCCAUGGAGGAGCUGUGUGUGAUGCUGUGGAGGACGAAUGUUGGCGAUGGCGUGACCAUCAUCAACGACCCCACCACUGGAUCCAAGUACGCCCUCGAGGCAGCUCAAGAAGCCCCUCCAUCGGCACAGUUCGUGCCGCCAGAAAAUGUUCUCGCGUAUUGUCGACAACCAGGUCUCAUACACGAGAUGGCCGACACUUUCUUACAGAACAUCAACAAAGAGCAUCAGUUCACCCAGUAUACGAACAUCGACUUCCUCCAGAGGUACCCUUACCAGGCCCCCGACGAAGCAUUCUUACACAGCGCCAUCAUCGCCACAGGGACAACCUUCUCACUCAGGCCAGAUGCCAUGAAGAUAGGCGACACCUUCGGCCAGUUUGCCGAAAGCCUCGCCUUCACCUGCUGUCGAUUAGCCCCCACGGUCAAGGUUAUCCAGGGUCUCUCUAUGAUGUCCUGGAGAUCUCUCGCUCUAGGCAGAGAUCACUUUGGGUGGAUCUUCAUCUCGAUGGCUGCAGGUAUGUGCGUGCAUCUGAGGUUGCAUGUCAUGGCUCUUGAUGAAUGCGAGGCAAGACAGCUUGAGGCAAGCGAACAGGAUAUCCGGACAUUCUGGAUGUUUUACAUCAUCGACCGCACAGCUAUAUCUAUCCUUGGUCGCAACUGUGCUCUGCCCUGGCGGAGGGUAAAUGUGCCUGACUUUGAUACAACCUUUGAGAGCUCUACGGCGGAUCUAGCUCAAGUAUCCUUUGCAUGGCAGUGCAAGCUAUGGUAUCUCCAUGACCAGUAUAUGGACCAGGUUUUCUCAACUACGUUCGAGUCACUUCCAAUACCUCAACAAGUCCGCAUCUUAGUCGCAAGCCAAGAUGCCCUCAACGCCUUCUUCCGGUCCCGUGACAACAGACUUCACCUGACCGGCGAUUCAACACCAAAGCCGGUCAUCUUGUUCCACCUGGCAUACCAGAUGACGAUUCUCAUCACCAUGCCUCCUUUCCUGCGCAUAUUCGCCACCAUCUCCCAGGCUUCAUCCUCGUCGUCGACAGCCACCGGUGGACAGAACUCAGAGUUCAUGCUUCUCGUCCUGCGGUCUCUCACCGGAGCCGCCACCGCGACUUCACGGCUCGUCAGGACCUACCGCCGCGCUCACGGGUUCGAGACACCACCAAACCCAGUCAUCAUCCACCAUCUCCUCAGCGCAGCUAUCGUCCACCUCAUGAAUGCCACAAGCUGGACCCCGGCCCUCCGCCACCAAAGCACGUACUGGCUCCGCCAAUGCCUCGAGCUACUGCGGGAACUGCAAAUCGCCUGGCCUGUUCGUGCGGUAAAGAGCAUCACGGUGAUACGCGUUCUCGCACAACGUUGGGGCGUCAUGAGAGCUCUGCCGAUUGAGUUCAGCUACCAGAUUGAGCCGACCGCUCCGGGAGCUGAUCGGGAUUAUAGCGCUGCACCUACGCUGGAUAGGUCGACCAGCGACUCUAGCACCGCUGCUGCCAAUCAAGUCGGUCUCGAGUAUGAAUGGGACAAGUAUGGGGCCGCACCUUCAGAGGCACCAGUAGACUUUGGAACACUAGACAUGAAUUCAUUCGCUUCUUUGGGGACGCUGGACGUGUCUGGGCUUGGCGUGGACCGCAAUAAUCCGGUUGGCUCUGUUGACAUCUUCCAGGCUUUCCAAGGGCUAGCGAAUUGCGAGGACUUCAAUUGGCUUUCGGGGAACUCAAUGUAA